CGAAGAGCUCCUGCGCGGCCGACUCUUGCCUCUCGGGCUGGGCAGAGAUUCCGCGGCAGCUGCCCUUGCUGGCAAGAAGUGCUCACACGACAGUUCGUUCCACCUCCGCCGCAUCGAGGACACGCUGGUCGAAGCGUCGAUCGAUGGUGGGGCGGUGGCUCCUCGUUGCCGCGGGUGCGGCGGCGGCGACGGAGUGCCCCACGUUGAUUCAUGAAGACGCCGGCGUGCGCCUCGCGGGCUACGUCGUGUCGCGGCGCCGCGACGUGGACGUGCGCGACGCCGUCCGGCGGACGUGGUGCGCGACGGCCCGCCGCGUCGCGUCGGACGACGUGUCUGUUGUCGUGCGCUUCUUCGUGGGUUUAGAUACGGUGGAAGGCGGGGACGACGCCCAUAUGAUGGAUGUGACCGUCGUGGACGUGCCGGACGGGCCGUCCGCCGUGCCGCACCUGCGGCUCUACGCCCUCCUGCGGUACGACGCAUGGGCGCGCCGCGCGACGCACUUCCUCGCGCUCGACGACGACGCGUACCCGUUCCUCGACCGUCUUACGCAAAGCCUCGUCGAGAAACGGGCGAUGCACGCGCCGGCGGGCCGCGGCGUCGGCCCCGCUAUCAGUAUCGCGCUCGAGGAUACCUUUGUGUGGGGAUACUUCAUGGAGCACCCGAAGUUCGGCCCCUGGCCCUUCGCGGCGGGUUUUGGGAAGGUCCUGACCGCGGAUCUAGCACACGCUCUGGCCGCGAUGAACGCGACCGUGCCGCUCGAGCUCGGGCCGCCUUGUAAAAGCGUGCGCGACGACGGCACGAACAUCACGUGCGAGCGCGCCUGCGACGACGCGGACCCCCGCGUCCAGGGCGUGUGCCUGAAGCGCGUCUGGAUCUACGAAGACAAUUUGCUCGGGAUGUUGCUGACGCCGUUCCGCUACCAGCUCGUGCACGACAAGCGCUUCCACGUCGUGCCCGGGCCGCCCUCGGAACGAUACGACGGCGCGCCGGGCAUCCCGCCGUCUCAGACAUCUUUACUCGUGGACCGGCACGACUUCAAGCACGCGAUGGGCGUGGUGGAUUUUUUGGAGGCGAUGCACGCCGCGGCGCUGACCGGGAACUACGACCGCUUCCUCCUCUCGCCGGAAGGCGUCUGCGGGUUGGAGCGCCUCGUGUGCUUCAACAAUUCCAGGGAUGAGGUGGAGCGCGUCGCCUACGAGUUCACGAUCGACGAUCGGACGCUCGCGGUCGUUUUUGACGACUGUAAACAGGCGGAGGGCUUCGGCGACGUCUGCGUCGUCAACGGGUCGGACCCCGAGGGCCGCGUCUCGCUCCACGAAUCGAACAAGAAUAUAAUGCACCAAUUCGCGCUCGACGACUGCCGCACGAUCGCGGCCGACGUCGCGGCCGUCGGGCGCGCGGCGCUGCCGGGGAGCUGUGGGGGGUAACUUGUCUUUGUUGUU